AUGUCUUCGGUAGAUGCUCUCGCAAAGUCUUUCUAUGGUUCUCACUCUGGAAUAUUGGGAGUUGACGAGAAAUCAAUGCUGGAGAUCUUAGUAAAAUGGCAACCAGAACACUUGUCAACUUUUAGGAAUGAAACUUCUUGCAUCUUUUUGAAGGAUGAACGCUUCCAGUUUGAGAUAUGGGAAGAAAUUCUUCUUAAAUUUCUAAAAAGGGAAUUUAUGCGUUUUAAGGAUGCUGUGGUGCAAUGGACCAUGCAUCCUUGGGAAAGAGAUGCUCGCAUGGCAAGGAAGGCUUUGAAAAGAGGCAGUCAAGCAUAUGGCCUACUCAUUGAACUUGCAUGCACCAGAUCAUCAGACGAGCUCUUGGGAGCUAGGAGAGCAUACCAGUCCCUCUACAGUGAAUCCAUCGAGGAAGACGUUGCUUGCCGAGUUGAAGGCAUCCAACGCCAGUUUUUGGUAGCACUUGUAAGUUCGUACAGAUAUGAAGGAUCACGAAAGAAUGAUGCGGCAAUUGAAUCGGAUGCUCAAAAACUUAAUAAAGCCGUUAGAAAUGGUGAUAAGACGAUGCUAAUCAAGGAUGAAGAGAUUGUAAGGAUUCUAACAACAAGAAGCAAGCCUCAUCUCAAGGAGGUCUUCAAAUGUUACUAUUAUGAUUUCGACAGGGACAUUGUAGAGGUAUAA